AAACGAAGGAACGCCGAGGAGGCGAAAAAGAGAAAGUGGGAGAGUCAUGGCUCCCAAGGUUCCAACAAGAAGGGGAACCAUGGAGGAGGAUCUUUCCGGGCACCGCCGCCACCGUCUAGGGGGAACCAAGGCCCGAGUGGGCAAGGCUCGAGGUCACAAACCUCGGUGAUAACUCGUUGCAACAAUUGCAAGAAGAAUCACUCCGGUAAGUGUCGCGACCCCCCUAGAUGUUUCCAAUGUGGGGAUGCCGGACACUUGAAGGCGCAUUGCCCCCAGUUGGGUGGGGCAAGGACAUCAGGACCAAGUAGCGGGGCUGCGGGAAGUAGAAACCAAGCCGGGGGUUCCCAAGUAACCAGGGGGCAAGGGGGAGCAAGCGCGAGUAACGCGCCGUCCGUGAAUCAAGGAAGGACGCAAGCUAGAGUCUACGCAAUGACCGAGGCUGAUGCUCGGGCUAAUCCCGACUCCGUCGCUGGUUGAGGCUAGAGCUUGCUUCCUGUGCUCGUUGAUCGAGUGAUUCCUUGGAGAGAAGACUUGGUUCGUGCUUCCUCCAUUCUGUUUUUAAAUAAUAUUAAACUUGCUCAUGGAUAUUUUACUUUAGAGCCUGCGUGCUCAUGUUUGCCCUGUGUGGCCCUUUUGUUUUAAACAAUGUUUUCCGCUGCGUAUUCAAUUGUUUAUUAUGUAUGUUUAUGGAUGACUUAUGUGUGAAUGAUAUUCAUGACGCCUUGUAUAAUA